CUCUCCUCUCCCACUCCCCACAUUUUCCCUUAUUCUUUUUGGGCAUUGUUAUUCUUCAACCAGCAACAACCAGCCGUCCAAGCUAAUUAUAUAUCGUUGAAGAAUUAAAGCACACGCUAGCAGGAGUUGAGAUCUCACCAAAGUCAAGUUAUACAACGUUACAUGUCGGCAGAGGGGCCAGAGUGAAAAGUAAUUGAAGUUUACAAGUUCAAAGAUCUGAAAGGAAUAACAGAUCUUUUUUCUUGUUUGUGGUUUGAUUUGCUUGUUUGUUUGAUUUUAUAAUGAGUUGGAGAUACAGAGCUGGUUUGUUCUUGAUAGCUGUUGUUGUUAUAAUAUGGGUCACCUCUGCAGAAGUCACCCAGGGUAUUUUUAACGACUACAAGCAGCCAUUUGUAGUGACAUAUCUGGGAGCUUCUCUCAUGGUAGUGUACCUCCCAAUGGCAUUCAUUAAAGAUUGGCUAUGCAAUUUUCUAAAGCGUCGCUUAUCUAAAAGUGGUAAAGAUGCAGACAGUCUGAAUGGUUCUUCUUCUGCUCUCGAUUCUCCUUCAAGGCACACAAUUUUCGAAAUGGAGCUUCAAGGAUCUUACACUAGAAAGGACAGUGAACUGGACUUAUCAUCUCAUGAGGAGGGAUUGCCAUUGGUUUCCAAACUCAAAGAUGACACACAUAAAGAGCUUACAACCAGUGAGGUUAUGAAGUUUGGAUUUUAUAUUGCUCCUAUCUGGUUUUUAACAGAGUAUUUAUCAAAUGCAGCACUUGCGCGAACAAGUGUUGCAAGUACAACAGUGUUAUCAUCAACUUCAGGACUGUUUACACUUUUCAUUGGUGCUUUCCUGGGGGAAGAUAAAUUAAAUGUGUCAAAAGUAGUUGCAGUUUUUGUCAGCAUGGCUGGUGUUGCCAUGACUACUCUUGGAAAAACUUGGGCAGCUGAUGAGUCACAAUUAAGUGUUGCUGCCAAUGGGAAACGCUCUUUGGUUGGAGAUCUUUUUGGCCUUCUCUCAGCUAUGUCAUAUGGACUAUUCACAGUGCUUCUUAAGAAAUUUUGUGGGGAGGAAGGAGAAAGAGUCGAUGUACAAAAGCUGUUUGGAUAUAUAGGAUUGUUUACACUUGUUGCUCUAUGGUGGCUGGUUUGGCCAUUGUCAGCCUUGGGAAUCGAGCCCAAGUUUACGAUGCCUCAUUCAGCUAAAAUGGAUGAAGUUGUCAUUGCCAAUGGCCUUGUUGGCAGUGUCCUUUCAGAUUAUUUUUGGGCACUAUGUGUUGUAUGGACCACUCCACUAGUGGCCACGCUGGGGAUGUCACUCACCAUUCCACUCGCUAUGGUGGCAGACAUGGUGAUUCAUGGCCGUCACUACUCAGCAAUAUAUAUUCUUGGCUCAGCUCAGGUUUUUGCGGGAUUUGUAAUAGCAAAUCUUUCUGGCUGGUUCUCAAAAAAGCUGGGAUUAUAGCAUUUCCUAAACCUGGCAAAUCCUGUUUCUUUUAUCUUGUGUCUGAUUUAAUAUUAUACUCUUCCUCAGUUUGAGUUAUUGGGUUUCAAAAGAGAGGAUAAAGGACGAAUUUUACUUGUGUAAUUUGUAAAUGAAAUUUAGAGGUUCCGCAACUGUAAACAGUUUGUUCUGUUAAAAAAUAUAUAUAUAUAUAUAUAUAAAUUCAUUUUUUUA